AAGAGGCGCGGCGCCCACGCCGGCCAUGGAGGCGUCUCUGGCCCGCGCCGGCCGCCCGAGCUGCGCUCCGCGCCGUCGCCGCCGCGCCUCGAAGUUUGCCGGCUGACUCGGAAAGUUGCGCUUGGGCUCUGCCGCCGCACCGCGUCCAACCUCCCGGCCUGCCCAGUUCGCCGCCGCCGCCCUUCGCGGGGCCUCGGCCCCGUCGACACCCGCAGCCCCGCCUGCCGGGGGAUGUGAGCCGCGGCCUCCCCCAGAGGCCGGGCGGGCUGCACUGGCCCCGGCGCCUCCCGAGGCACGCGCGGGCGAGGGGCACGCCCCGGCCCCAGGCAGCCCGGGUCGCCAUGGGCAUCCAGGGCAUGGAGCUGUGCGCCAUGGCCGUGGUGGUGCUGCUGUUCAUCGCCGUCCUCAAGCAGUUCGGCAUCCUGGAGCCCAUGUCCAUGGAAGACAGCAGCGACAGUGAGCUGGAGCUGUCUACAGUGCGCCACCAGCCAGAGGGACUGGACCAGCUGCAGGCACAGACCAAGUUCACCAAGAAGGAGCUACAGUCCCUCUACAGGGGCUUCAAGAACGAGUGUCCCACGGGCCUGGUGGAUGAAGACACCUUCAAACUCAUUUACUCACAGUUCUUCCCUCAGGGAGAUGCCACCACUUAUGCACACUUCCUCUUCAACGCCUUCGACGCCGAUGGGAAUGGGGCCAUCCGCUUUGAGGACUUUGUGGUUGGCCUCUCCAUCCUGCUGCGAGGAACAGUUCAUGAGAAGCUCAAGUGGGCCUUUAACCUCUACGACAUUAAUAAGGAUGGCUACAUCACCAAAGAGGAGAUGCUGGCCAUCAUGAAGUCCAUCUAUGACAUGAUGGGCCGCCACACCUAUCCGAUCCUGCGGGAGGACGCGCCUCUGGAGCACGUGGAGAGGUUCUUCCAGAAAAUGGACCGGAAUAAGGAUGGGGUGGUGACCAUUGAUGAGUUCCUGGAGACCUGUCAGAAGGAUGAGAACAUCAUGAGCUCCAUGCAGCUAUUUGAGAACGUCAUCUAGGACAUGUCGGUGGGGAGGGGUACUUGAGUGGCCAUUGCCACCUCUGCCCCCAAAGAAACCUCAAUCCUGCCGGGAGCAGCCUCCAUGAGAAACUUUUUUCUAAUAUAUUUGAAAAAGUGAA